CACGGGGGCGCGCACGGCACGUGGCGGGGCGGAGCGGGGCCCGGUGGCGGCGGCGGCGGCGGCAGCAGGUGUGGUUCUGGAUGAGUCUCCUCCAUCUGAGGCGUGCAUGGUAUGAAAAUACAGGAUGAAUGGCAGCAGGAGGUGAUUCUCAAGUCGUGACAGUGACAGGCAAUAUCUAGAAUGUCAGUCUCAGUCUUGCUGUGUCUCGGGAGCUGCUGUGAAUAGUGUGACCUCAGCCCAAGUCCUGCCUUCCAGGUUUCAGAGUGCACUGUCUCUGGCCUCCUGCCACGCUCUCUGCGUUGACACCUCUCCAAUCUGCUGACUUCAGUUGCUCUCCUCCACUGCUGCUGGUGGCAUGUGGGUGCCACAUCUGCCAAGAAGCCAACUUGCUGUUUGAAAGUUUUCCAGGACACAAGCUUCAUUCGUGUCUGUAAUGACCCUUCAGCGUGAGUGCAUGCCAGGGGCCUCCAGAAUUAAACUUGUUCCAGGCGUCAUGCGAGGACCCGUACUGGUGCGCAUGUCCUCGUGGGGAGAACAAUAAUAGCUCCACAUACGGUAGGCUCCUUUGAGUGCCAACUCCCUCGAUCUCCUCCAAUGCAGGCUCAGGGAUGGACUCCACCUUGUCCCUCUGAAGAGACUCUGCAUGCUCUCAGCAGCCAGGAGGGGAUUCUGCUGCCAGAUUCUCCACAAGCUGCCCCACGGCAGGACUUGCUUAGUGGCAGCCUGGGAGGAGAUCCGUUCCUGCAGUCGUGUUGUUGCUGUGCCCAGCACCUGCCUGUGGACAAACCAGCGUGUGUGCACCGUCUGCUCUGAGCUCUUUGGCCUGCACUGUCCCAACUCACCUGGGCUCCUGGCGGACUGUUGGGUUGUUUUCCCAAGUGCUCUCGCUGAUCCUGUGGCAUUCCUUCUCAGUCCCAGAAGGAUGUGAACUUUGGAAUGGGGUCUCUGAGCACGCUGCAGACUCAGUGCAUGUGUGAGACUGUUGCUGAGUAACAGGAGGACUGAUUCAUUGCUGCGAGCAGCCCUUCUGUCUGGCUGCAGGGCACCAGCCUUGCCUGGGCCCUUCACCAUGUUCAUCCUGCUCCCCUUUGACAGCCUAGUGGUUAAUCUUUUGGGGAUUUCCAUAACUGUCCUCUUCACUCUUCUUCUGGUUUUCAUCAUUGUACCAGCAAUUUUUGGAGUCUCCUUUGGCAUCCGCAAGGUUUACAUGAAAACUUUAUUAAAGAUAUUUCAGUGGGCAACACUGAGAAUAGAGCGUGGUGCCAAGGAGAAGAACCAUCUGUUGUACAAACCCUACGUCAAUGGUAUCAUUGCAAAGGAGCCAACAUCACUGGAGGAGGAGAUCAAGGAGAUCCGCCGGAGUGGCAGUGGCAAAGCCCUGGACACCCCUGAGUUUGAGCUCUCAGAUAUCUUCUAUUUCUGCCGCAAAGGCAUCGAGACCAUCAUGGAUGAUGAAGUGACCAAGAGGUUCUCAGCUGAAGAGCUGGAGUCCUGGAAUUUGCUCAGCAGGACCAACUACAACUUCCAGUAUAUCAGCCUGCGCCUCACUGUGCUCUGGGGACUUGGUGUGCUCAUCCGCUACUGCUUCCUUCUGCCCCUCAGGAUAGCCCUGGCAUUUACUGGCAUCAGCUUGUUGGUGACUGGUACCACAGUGGUGGGAUAUUUGCCAAAUGGAAGGUGUAAAGAUUUCCUGAGCAAACACGUCCACCUGAUGUGUUACCGGAUCUGCGUGCGUGCCCUCACAGCCAUCAUCACCUACCAUGACCGAGAAAACAGACCUCGGAAUGGAGGCAUCUGUGUGGCCAAUCACACCUCCCCCAUUGAUGUGAUCGUCCUGGCCAGUGAUGGCUACUAUGCAAUGGUGGGUCAGAUCCAUGGAGGGCUCAUGGGUGUGAUACAGAGAGCCAUGGUGAAAGCUUGUCCCCAUGUCUGGUUUGAACGUUCUGAAGUCAAAGAUCGUCAUCUCGUCGCCAGAAGGUGUGACAGUCGCUGGCUGCAGGGGCUCACAGAACAUGUCCAGGACAAAAGCAAACUGCCCAUUCUUAUUUUUCCAGAAGGAACAUGCAUCAACAACACAUCUGUGAUGAUGUUCAAAAAGGGGAGCUUUGAAAUUGGAGCCACAGUUUACCCUGUAGCCAUCAAGUAUGACCCACAGUUUGGAGACGCUUUUUGGAACAGCAGCAAGUAUGGCAUGGUGACCUACCUCCUCAGAAUGAUGACCAGCUGGGCCAUUGUCUGCAGUGUCUGGUACUUGCCCCCAAUGACCAGGCAGCCUGAAGAGGAUGCAGUGCAGUUUGCCAAUCGAGUGAAGUCAGCCAUUGCCAGGCAGGGGGGCCUUGUGGAUCUGCUCUGGGACGGAGGACUGAAAAGGGAGAAGGUGAAAGACGCGUUCAAGGAGGAGCAACAGAAACUCUACAGCAAAAUGAUUGUAGGCAGCCAUGAAGACCGGAGCCGCUCCUGAGUUGCUGCCUCCAGCACCAACUGGGGCUGGCCAAAGCCAAAGCCCCCUGCCUCCAGCACCAACCAGGACUUGUCUGGAGCAACUCUGAAUCUUUGGACUUGGGCUACUCCAGAGCUGCUAGGACUCGCUCUUUGAUUCUCUGGCUGUUUUUUCCCAGAGGCACUAUUGCUGCCUGGAGUCUUUAGGCCUUUGGCAGCUUUGGCAAAGAUGCCUUCUUGUUACUGUUACAGUGAAGCUCCUUGCAGGGGCAGUAUUAAAUGAAACUCUUAUGGUGU